UGAACUAUGUUUGCAUGACGUGAGGCGAAGAAUGAUAGGAAAACACGAGAAGUGAACAAAAAUAUUACUGUAAUAAGAAAAUAAUAAAUAGAAGUGUACACACAAACAAAAAACAGGAAAAUCAAUUUUCGUUACAAUAAAGAAAACACACUUAUUGGGAGAUUAAUCCAAUUAAAUUUAUUGUAAAAAUAGCAAGAGAAUCACCUAGAAAACAUUGUAAAACCAAAACAAAGAAUUAAACAGAGUGGAAAAGACAGUAACAAAAAAAAAUAAAAAAAAACAGUAAAAACACCAACACAAUUAUAAAUAACAUUUGAAGCUAACAAGAGUCAUACAAGGGCAGGGCUAGACGAAAUGGUUGGUAUAUUGGACGACACCUGCUUUCGUUAUCCAUUGGGAACACGUAUAAAAAUUGGGGAAAACUAUGGUACCGUACGCUAUGUGGGAGAAGUAACUGGUUAUCAAGGAACUUGGUUGGGUAUCGAAUGGGAUGACCCUAAAAGGGGAAAACAUAAUGGUACUGUAGAUGGUAAACAUUAUUUCUAUAGCAUGCACCCGACUGCUGGAAGUUUCAUUCGUCCAGGAAAGGUAGGGCCAUGUGAAUCGUUGGAAGAUGCGGCACGUGAACGCUACUUGGGCUAUACAGAUAACGCUUUGGAUAAACAGUUAAUGCGUGAAACACAGGCAUCUAUUCAGGCGCCUUUGUUUGAAAUAGUAGGCAUGGAUAAGUUAGCUCGCAAACAAAGUAAAUUUGAGCAAUUGAGUGAAAUCAGCGUUGACAAUAGUCCCAUUAACACAGCUGGCUACUUGAAGGAGUUUGUCACAUUAACCACAUUAAAUUUAAGUAAUACAUUAAUUUGGAAUUGGGAAAUAAUAGCUGAUAUAUGUCAACAAGUACCCACACUGAAAGAUUUGAAUUUGAGCGGCAAUCGUUUGGUUUUACCCACAGAUUCACAAGUGGCGGAACUAUAUAAAGCUUUUAACAAUUUGAAAUUUAUAAAUUUGCGCAAUUGUGGCUUUACCGAUUGGUCUCAUGUCAUCCAAACGGCUCGUUUAUGGCCUAUGAUAGAAUCUCUGGGUUUACAAGAGAAUCCAAUAAGUGAACUAAGCGUUGUCAAUACUAAGGAGAUCUUUAAGAAUUUAAUAGAAUUAGAUUUGCACCGUACUAAAAUAAUGGAUUUUGACCAGGUUUGCAAAUUGGGAAAUAUCAAAACAUUAGUUUCGUUAAAUCUUAUGGAAAAUGGCAUUGAAGAAAUAAAAUUACCCGAAUGUGAAGCAAAUGUUAAAUUGGACAUGUUUAUUGCAUUGGAGCAGUUAAAUCUACUUUAUAAUCCAAUAUGGAAUGAAGCCGACGCCUUUAAUGAGUUGGACAAAUUGCCAAGAUUAAAAAUGUUGUAUAAAACACCACAUUUAAAAUCGGACUUUGAUGAAAUGUUCGCUAAAGCUGUUGCUUCGAUCUCAAAUUUACAAAUUAUAAAUAAAAUAAAUUUAACGGCCGAAGAAAGGCGUGGUGCUGAAUAUGAUAUAUGGAAAAAAUACGCGGUAGAAUGGCUGCAAGCUUCAAAAUCUCCGGAUUCUUUGAAAGAAUUCUAUAAAAAACAUCGCUCUUAUGCUAACAUAAUAAGAAAAUAUGGUUCUCCAGCCGAGUUUAUACCAAAUAACAAUAAGAAAAUCUCAAAUUUAAUUAAAAUUCGUAUUUUAAAUACACAAACUGGAGAAGUGUGGGAGAAGAAAUGUCCUCGCAUGAUUACAGUACAGACUUUGCUUGGUCUUAUUGUUAAACAUUUUCACAUGGAUUCCACCAAUUAUUCACCACAGUUGAGCUACAUUGAUCAUAAAUACCCCGACUUAGUUGUACCUUUAGAUAAUUUAUCCAAAACAUUGGAUUUUUAUUCCUUACAAGAAAAUGAUACUGUUCAGGUUAAAUGGUAAAAUCGUAAAACGAAGCAGCAAAUGAACAGUGUUAAAAAGGAACUUUCAUUUACAUCACACACAUGUUUGUCAAUUUUAUUUGUUCCGUUUCAAAUUGUUAACUGUAUUAUAUUUUCAUAGAAAAGAAAAAUUAAUGAAUUAAUGGCCUUAUAUUGUAUUUUUAUAUUUUUUUUUUACAUUAUCUUAACAUAUUUAAUUUAUUCAUAAUGAUGAUCAAUGAUGAUGAUUAUGCAAAUUUCUAAUUAUUGCUAAAUUAACAAAAUACCUAAAUAACCCAUGUUUUAUUGAAUAUACAUAAAUGAUUAAAUUUAUUUGAAAUGUGUUGUA